AUGUUUCUGAUGAUCCUCUCGCUCGUCCCAAGACUCUGUCCUGGAAAAACAGUCGAGAUUGCUGCUCUUGGGAUGGGAUCGAGUGCGAUGAGAACGGGCCAUGUAAUUGUUCUCGACUUGGGAAGUAGUUUUCUCUAUGGUUCUAUCGACAACAACAGUACCCUCUUCCAGCUUGCUCAUCUUGAAAAGCUCAAUCUCGGCGACAAUCACUUCAACUACUCUCAAAUACCGUCUCGAGUUGGAGAUCUGUCAAGACUGACUCAUCUCAAUCUCUCUGCUUCCGUUUUUUCUGGCCAAGUUCCAUCAGAAAUCUUCAAACUUACAAGGUUGGUGUACCUCAACCUGUGUCGCAAUGUGAAUGUGGAUACAUAUCUUCAUAGAUUUUUGUUGCGGAUGGAAGCGCCGGGCCUGAGAAGCCUAGCUCAAAAUCUGACCAGCCUGGAAGAACUUCUCCUUUGUGGCGUCAAUAUGUCGUCCCAAGUGCCCAACACUAUAGCGAAUCUGUCUUCACUGAGAAGGCUGGACAUGGAUUCGUGCGACCUGCACGGUGUAUUUCCGUCUGCCAUUUUUCAUUUACCGAAGCUGCAAUAUCUUAGGGUGCCUCGCAAUGUACAUCUCACGGGCAGCUUGCCUAUGUUCAACUCGAGCAGUCCUCUUGAAGAGCUGAAACUGUUUGGCACGAGCUUUUCUGGGGAGAUACCCGCUUCAAUCGGAAUCCUUCCUUCCUUGAGCGAUCUCGAUGUAAGUUUUUGCGAAUUCUCAGGAUCCAUCCCGGCUUCACUUGCUAAUCUUAGCAACCUCAAAGUCCUGGUUGUCUCAGGGAACCCAUUCACUGCCCAGUCCAUUUCCUCUAUUUCUUGGGUUUGGACGAAGAAGAAGCUCACAUAUUUAGCACUUCAAAAGAUCAAUUUAUAUGGCGAGAUUCCACCUUCAAUCGGAAACUUGUCUCAGCUUGAAUUUUUAUUGUUAGAUUACAACCAAUUAAGCGGUGCCAUCCCAUCUCAGCUCAUGAACCUCACUCGACUGACUUAUUUAAACCUCGGAAGCAAUCGACUGUCGGGUUCUAUACCGUCUUGGCUUAUGAACAUGACUCAACUGGUUUCCCUUGACCUUUCAGUCAAUAAAUUCCACGGUGAGAUACCUUCAUCAAUCUCUCAACUUCAAAAUCUAGAGGACCUCUGCCUUUUCGAAAACAACUUCAGCGGUACUAUUGAGCUAGACAACUUUCACAAGUUCAAACAUUUAGAAACGCUGCAAGUAUCAUCUAACAGGCUAUCAAGCUGCAUGAGUAGCGCAAAUCUUAUUAUUCCUCAGCUUACUACCCUAGGAUUGGCUUCAUGCAAUUUGAGUGAGUUUCCGGCAUUCUUACAAAACCAAGAGGAUAUUGAGUGGUUGGACUUGUCCGAUAACAACAUUACGGGAGAAGUGCCCUUUUGGGUGUGGGACGGAAGAUUUAAAAGCAUGCAGCACCUGAAUCUCUCCCAUAACUUCUUAACUGGUCUUGAUUGA